AAUGCAGCCGAGAGGCAGGGUUUACAACCGAAGAUCCAGGAGCUUCACAAGGUCUAGACUCGCCAUCGAGGGUAGUUAGGUUCAGCUUCCCCCUUAUCUCUCUAUACCCCUCCUUCCCCUCUCAGCAGAUUUCAUUUCUUCUUGCAUCGCGUCGUUUUCCCUCUCGCAUUUUCUGCAAUGGCUUCGAUGGCGGCUCAAGGUUUGGACGAGCGUCAGGUUCAGAAAACUUACUGGACGGAGCACUCAGCGGAUUUGUCCGUUGAGGCAAUGAUGCUUGAUUCUAAGGCAUCGGAUCUUGAUAAAGAGGAACGUCCCGAAGUACUCUCCUUACUACCGGCAUAUGAAGGAAAAUCAGUUAUAGAACUUGGAGCAGGUAUUGGACGAUUUACAGGCGAAUUGGCUCAGAAGGCGGGUCAGUUGCUUGCUGUAGACUUCAUUGAGAGUGCAAUAAAAAAGAAUGAGAGCAUCAAUGGGCACUACAAGAAUGUCAAAUUUAUGUGCGCUGAUGUUACAUCUCCAGACUUACGUAUUUCUGAAGGAUCAGUUGAUCUGAUAUUCUCCAAUUGGCUGCUUAUGUACCUUUCAGAUGAAGAGGUUGAGAAAUUGGCAGAAAGGAUGGUCAAAUGGUUAAAAGUUGGGGGAUAUCUGUUUUUUAGAGAAUCUUGUUUCCACCAAUCUGGAGAUUCGAAGAGAAAACACAACCCUACUCAUUAUAGGGAACCCAGGUUUUACACAAAGGUAUUUAAAGAGUGCCAUAUGAAUGAUGAUUCUGGAAGCUCUUUUGAACUUUCUCUUGUUGGCUGCAAAUGCAUUGGAGCCUAUGUGCGAAAUAAGAAGAAUCAAAACCAGAUUUGCUGGAUUUGGCAAAAAGUUUGGUCACAAGAUGACAGGGGAUUUCAGCGGUUUCUUGAUAAUGUUGAGUACAGUCAUAACUGUAUCUUACAAUAUGAGCGUGUUUAUGGACAAGGUUUUGUGAGUACAGGAGGAAUAGAAACAACGAAAGAAAUUGUGAAGAACCUGGAAUUAAAGCCUGGUCAGAGAGUAUUGGAUGUUGGUUGCGGUAUUGGCGGAGGCGACAUUUACAUGGCUGAGAAUUUUGAUGUCGAGGUUGUGGGCAUUGACCUAUCCAUAAAUAUGAUUUCUCUUGCAAUCGAACGUGCUAUUGGACUUAAAUGCUCAGUUGAAUUUGAAUGUGCUGAUUGCACUAAAAAAAUAUAUCCUGAGGGGACAUUUGAUGUAAUCUACGCCCGUGAUACCAUGUUACACAUCCAGGAUAAACCAACAUUGUUCAGGUCAUUUUACAAGUGGUUGAAGCCUGGAGGUAAACUUUUAAUCACUGAUUACUGUGUGAGUGCUGGAGGUCCGUCAGCAGAAUAUGCUGAGUGCAUCAAGAAAGGAGGAUAUUAUCUCCAUGGCUUAAAAGCAUAUCGUCAAAUGAUCCAGAAUGCUGGAUUUGAUGAUGUCAUUGCUGAGGACCAAACCUAUCUGUUCAUGAAAAUUUUGCGGCAGGAGUUGUAUGCCCUUGAGAACAACAAGGAUAGCUUCGUUUGUGACUUUUCUGAGGAGGAGUACAAUGAAAUUAUUGCAAAGUGGCGGGCAAAGAAGAACAGGGGUGCAUCUGGUGAGCAUAUAUGGGGCUGGUUCAUUGCGACUAAGAAAUGAUGCUUCGCUUUCAUCAUAUGGCAUAGGGUUUAUGUAAUAGAUAUAAUUACUUAUUAGUUGUGCGUGGAGGGAGUUUUCCCAACGCUGCUUUAGUGUAGCACAAGAUAAACCAUUUGUGCCUUGUAUGCGUGCCUUUUUUAUGUUAUUGCUUCCACUCUACAAAUUAAUAACAAAUCUUGUUAUCGUCAACGCGAAGCAAUCAUUCUUUCAGGUCCAGCCGUGAUUGAAU